GAAAGAGGUGCGGCGCUCGGGCGAAAGGCACAUCAUCGACACAAAUAUCACUCGGACAAGCAUCAUGCUUUGCGUCUUCUGUCCACAGCAGGUGGCGAAGACGCUGUACGGCGCAAUCCACUUCUUGAAAACACAGACGACACUGGGGGUCGUGAGAUAACGCCACAAAGCGCUUCCGACCGCGGGGAGACUUGGGGGUCCCCGAAAGCGGCACGUAGUCCCGGGAUAAACGCUGCAGCGUUCGAUGCCUUUGAGUUCGGCGGGAGCGGCCCGGCGGGAAGUGGAUUGGCACGGCCACCGGCGAAUAUAGAUGUAGACUUGCAGAGCUUCGCAUCAUCACAAC